GUAGAAUCUGGCACUAAGUAUCAUCGUAUAAGCAAGCACGUAGUUCUAACACGUGAAACGAGGAGGUGGACCCAGAAUGUCUACAUAACUCCCCUUGUGCUCUACGAGGUACGCUGAUAGCUACAUACAUAUUGUGAAUAUCUAUACCCAGUACAAUACCUAGUCUGAUCCUCCGAUCUCUGGCCUAAGCGUCUUCACGGGAUAGGACAGGUGCUAAGAUAAACACGUUGCUCUCCUCUCUCCAUGUUUCUGCACUAUGCUAAACUACAUACACAAAAACAAAGUGGGAUUGGUGGUCAUCGGUCCAUCCGUCCUGCUUUGGCUAUCUUGGGUUGGUCCAAACACCUCCUCACGUGGUGCCUGUUCCCCCAAGGACGGGGUCUUUGGUAACGAAUCAAGUUAUCGUGGGAGAGGAUCGCAGAGGGGGAAAAAAAGGAUACCGCUAUGUAUGUAUCUAGUAGCUUUGCAGACAGACGCAGGGUACCUAAGCGGUUUAAGUGGAUGUUAUGUACACUGGUCUAUGUUAGCCCUCACGAUCUCCAUCUUGGGGUGACCCCUUCAGUCCCUCAAAACAUACCUCGUGCUCAGCCUCAUCGGACG